CACAGGUGCAACAUGCAGUAACGCAUUUGAAAACUCCUGAGGUGAAUCAUUUUUGUUUCAGUUUAUCUGUGUGCUACGUGACAAAAUAAUGAACGACUCGACCCGAAGACUCGGGAGGGAGGCUCCCGGAUUUGAACUACUGGAAUAACUUCAUCGCCAUUUAAGCAGAAUCUGCAUCCAUGAAGGGAAAAGUGGUGAAAAUGAAGCCUCUCUUUAAUUUGCUAAUGGUCUUGUUUCUAGUCGACAAUGGUGUGUCUGCUGUUGGAUCAGAUGUAGUCUCAGUGUCUGUGAUAAAGGGGGAUUCAGUCAUUUUUCACACUGGUGUUGAAACAAGCCAACACGGAUAUUAAAUGGUAUUUUAAUGACAAUCGUAUCGCUCAAAUAAGUGGAGAUCUCAGUAAUAUUUGUACAGACGUUCAGUGUGAAGAUGGUGAAGAGAGAUUCAGAGACAGACUGAAGCUGGAUCAUCAGACUGGAUCUCUGACCAUCAUGAACAUCAGAAACACAGACUCUGGACUUUAUGAACUGAAGAUCAUCAGAAGCACCAGCAGCAGUGACAAAAUAUUCAAUGUUACUGUCAAUGGUGUUUCUGCUGAUGAACAAAAUCAAAUGAAGAGAAAGUCUGCAAAGAAGGGAGAAUCUGUCACUUUAGAAUCUGAUGAAACAAAAAACCCAAAUGACGUGAUGACGUGGUAUUUUAAUGACACUCGUAUCGCUGAAAUCACUGGAGAUCAGAGUGAGAUCUGUACAGAUGAUCAGUGUGAUGGGAGAUUCAGAAACCGACUGAAGCUGGAUCAUCAGACUGGAUCUCUGACCAUCACAGACACCAGAACCACUGACUCUGGACUUUAUAAACUACAGAUCAUCAGCAGAGACAGCAGCUUCAGUAUCGCCAGAGAGAAGAGAUUCAAUGCUACUGUUACUGAUGUUCUAGAUUCAGGUCUGUCUUCAGGUGCUGUAGCAGGAAUUGUUAUUGCUGCUGUUGUUUUUCUGCUUGUGGCUGCAGCUGCUGGUUUGAUUUACUGUCGUCACAGGGAAUAUAGACAAACACCACAGAAUGACAAAGAUGUUAAUAACUCGCCACCGAACCCGAAAGACAUUGCUUUGAGUGACACAAAACAUCUUUGAAUCAGACUCGGGCCAAGGCUGCCAAUAAAACAAUGUAACAUCAUUUAUAAAUUCAAUGCUUUCAUUAAAAAGGACACUAAAGACACAAUGGAACAGUGAGGGAUUGAUGUUUGUUGGAAUGUAGAGGUUUAUUAAGGCUGCUAAAGUGAUCCAAACAGGAACGGUGAGACAUUAUCUGUUUCUUGUCUUUGCACUUGAACUGAUCUGGUUUGACAUUUCAAUGACUAAACUUGCCGGCUUCCUGCUGUUACUGUUGGUGGUUUAACUGGUAUUGUUGCUGUUUCAGGAAAAAUUUAUUGUCAUUACUUUGCUAAUGUUUAUGGUUUAAACAACACUAUCCCUUAGUCAUCCACGUUAAUUAGAAAACACUUUCCACCAGCUACACUGGAACCAAAACCAGCCUUAAUAUGCAUGGAAAUGAAAGUGGCCAAGUAUAGAAAUGCAAUUAAAUUAUAGUAAGUCUUCAUACAUUUGGUGGAUAUACUGUAUUUUAUCUUCGUCAUUGAAAUGUGCAAAAAUAAGUCGCAAUGCGGUGCUGAUUCGUUCUUUCAUUUUAUUUAUUGGCUAAAAGGAGAUGUCUUUUUUUUUUCCCCAUUAUGAAGUAUGUUCAGCUGUUAUUGUUGAAUGUGAUUGUUUUUAUGUUAUUAUAUUUUGCUGAUGUGUUUAUCUUGUAGAAUAUCAUCACUGUGUGAUGAACACUAUUGCUUUCACUUAAAUGCUGUACUUGGUCAGUCUACCUUUAAGCUUUAGGUUUUCCUUUUUUUCUCUUGUGCUUGUGUUCCCUUGUAAAUAUUUUCAGAUCGGUCAUUUAAGUGUGAUUAUGCUAAACUGAAAAGCCUGAACCACAGAUUUUACCACAAAUCAUUAAGUGGACAUGAAUGUUGUAAUUUUGCUAAUCCUAUUUUGUUUUUUAAUAAGCUGUUUUUAGCAUAACAAAUAUGCAGUGCAUUGCACUCUAGAAUAUUUAUAUUAAUAUAUUUCGUAAACAAGAAAAUGAACUUGAAAAGUCCUUGUAUGUUUAUGUGAUAAACAUUAUUAAAAAGAUGAUUCAUACAUAA